AUGGUAAAGCGGCUCUCGGUGGUUGUGACGGCCAUCGUUGUCGGCAUUGUAGCAGGAAGCUUCGUAGUGACAGUAUGCUCGAAUGGGAUCGCAAGGCUCCAAGAGGAGCUUGGUGGUGUGAACGAGACCAUUCACAGUAGCAAGAUGCAAGUCUCCUUGUUGCAGUACACCGAUGACCCCCAGGACUUCAGAGAUUCAAUCGAGCAGUGGUCCCUCCAUCUGCAAGAAAUGACGUCACUCGGAAGAAACAUCGUUGCUGAGAUCUUGAACGAACAACCCCUCAUGAAGCAAUCUUCGUACCUCGCUGGUGAUCAUUAUGGCAAGCACCUCGCACCUCACACGCUGAAACUCUCCUCUUGCCUCGCAUCAUCAGCGGUAGCCCUCCCUCUCAGCAUCGCCUGCCUCUCGUGCGGGUACUUGGCUAGUGACCUCUUGGGGACAUUCCUUGUCUCCGCUCUCCUCUCCUCAUUGAUGGGCUGCUUGCCGGUGCUCAAGACUAUGGCGAGCAUGAACGACGGGAUGAGAGAGAUUCUAGGUUGCGUUCAGGGGGGAAAGCGACUCGGCACUGACGGCGUUUGGGCUGGCAGCAACGCAAACGAUGAAUAUCUGCAGCUGAUGCUGUUUGUGACUGGUCCAGGGGAUCUGGGGCUGAAACUUCUCGGUCGGAGCCUGUCAAGGCAUGUCACUUUCAGCUCGCACAAGUAUGGAUGGGCUUUCACCGAGGGUUGUGUCCCCGUCACUUGGGACGUGAUGAGAUGGUCGGCCAUGGCAGCGACGUCCUUCGUGUCGGCUGUCUUGCUGAAGAGAUGCAUCCGGUUCAAGACUUUCUGA